AUGUCAGCAGCAGCAACAGCAGCUACAGCAGCAGCAGCAGCAGCAAUAGCAGCAGCAGCAACAGCAACAGAAGCAGCAGGAGCAGCAGCACCAACAGCAACAGCAGCACCAGCACCAGCAACAGCAGCAACAGCAACAGCAGCAGCAGCAGCAGCAGCUACAGCAGCAGCACCAACAGCAGCAACAACAUCAUCAUCAUUAUUAUCAUCAUCAUCAUCAUCAUCAUCAUCAUCAUCAUCAUCAGCAGCAGCAGCAGCAGCAGCAGCAGCAGCAGCAGCAGCAGCAGCAGCAGCAGCAGCAGCAGCAGCAGCAGCAGAUGCUAACGGGUUAAUGCUGUGGCUCCUCUCUCUAGGAAGUCUUCUUCUCUGCAGCAAGAUGUAA